CCGCCCGCUUGCCUGGGAGGGGCGGUGAGGGCGGAAGUGCCAGGCCAGAGCCGGCUGGGCACCGCGGCUGCAGGAGCGGAGCUGCCCCCUCUGAGUUGCCCGGCCAUGCACUGCUACACGGCCGACUGGAACCCCCUCGGGGAGGAGGCCUACUACCGGAAACUGGAUCUCUACUCCAUGGCGUGGGACGUGAGAGAGGAAGGCCUGCGGGAGUGUUUGAUAGCCGCCGCCCCUUACGGGGGACCCAUUGCUUUGCUGAAACCCAAGAAAGAGAAAUCGCCCAGUUCCCGGCCGGAGCUGCACAUCUAUUCUGCUUCAGGGGUCCGCUUAGCCAACACUCUGUGGAAGAACUCUCCAGCGGUGCACCUGGGCUGGACGGCGAGCGAAGACCUCCUCUGCAUUCAGGAAGAUGGCUCGGUUCUCGUCUACAGCAUCUUCUGCGAGUUCAAGCGGUGCUUCCGAAUGGGCAACGAGGUGCUGCAGAACCACGUGGUGGAGGCCAAGGUCUUUCAUACGGAGUACGGGACCGGAGUGGCCAUCCUUACAGGGGCUAACAGGUUCAUUCUGGCCACCAACGUGGACGACUUGAAGCUCCGGAGGAUGCCUGAAGUGCCCGGUCUUCAGAAGCCCCCCUCCUGCUGGGCCGUCCUGUGCCAGGACAGAGUGACCAUUCUCCUUCUGGCAGUCGGCCAAGAGCUCCUCCUCCUAGACAACACGACCUGCUCCACGGUGACCCUGCCCGGGAUGGACCCCCUUGCCGGCUCCUACCUGCGGAUGGCAGUCUCUUUCAACUACCGCUACCUGGCUCUCUUCGCCGACACCGGCUACGUCUGGAUGGGGAUGUCCCAUUUAAAGGAAAAACUGUACGACUUCACCUGCAAUUUGCGAACGCCGCCCAAGCAGAUGGUUUGGUGUGCCCGCCCUCGAAGCAAGCAUCGUGCAGUGGCCUUGGCCUGGGAUCGGCUCCUCCUGGUGGCCGGGAAUGCAGAGAAAGGGAUCGAAUACCACCUAGACGAGGAUUCGUACCUGGUGCCAGAGCUCGACGGCGUUCGGAUUUUCUCCUCUUCCACCCACGAAUUUCUUCAUGAGAUCCCAGAAUCCACCCAGGAGAUCUUCAAAAUUGCGUCCAUGGCUCCGGGAGCUUUGCUAUUGGAAGCCCAGAAGGCAUAUGAGAAAGAGAGUCAGAAGGCCGACGAGUACCUGAGGGAGAUCAAGGAACAGAAUCUAUUGCCAGAGGCGGUCAAGAAAUGCAUUGAAGCUGCCAGCCACGACCACGACCCAGAAACCCAAAAGGCCCUCCUUCGGGCGGCCUCCUUUGGGAAAUGCUUCAUCGACAAGUUCCCACCCGAGAGCUUUGUGGAGACGUGUCGGGGCCUGCGGGUGCUCAAUGCCAUCCGGGAUUACCAGAUCGGGAUCCCCCUCAGCUACGCUCAGUACAAACAGCUCACCAUUGAAGUUCUACUGGACAGGCUGGUUCUGCGGAGACUCUACCCCAUCGCCAUCAAGAUCUGCGAGUACCUGCGCCUCUCGGAGUUCCAAGGCAUCAGCCGGAUCCUGGCUCACUGGGCCUGUUACAAGGUUCAGCAAAAGGAGAAGUCAGACGAAGAAGUGGCCUAUGCCAUCAAUCAGAAGCUGGGCGACACCCCGGGCAUUUCAUACUCAGAGAUCGCUGCCCGGGCAUACGACUGUGGCCGGACAGAGCUGGCUAUUAAGCUACUGGAGUACGAGCCCCGAUCCGGAAAGCAGGUCCCGCUGCUGCUGAAGAUGAAGAGGAGCACGCUGGCCCUGAGCAAAGCCAUCGAGAGCGGAGACACCGACUUGGUUUACACCGUCGUCUUGCACCUGAAGAACGAACUGAACCGCGGCUCUUUCUUCAUGACCUUGCAAAACCAGCCCGUGGCGCUGAGCCUCUAUCGCCAGUUCUGCAAACACCAAGAGCUGGAUACCCUCAAAGACCUCUACAAUCAAGACGACGACCACCAGGAACUGGGCAACUUCUUUGUCCGCUCCAGCUACACCAACGAGCAGCGUAUUGAGGGGCGUGUGGCAAACCUGAUGAAUGCCGUGGACGAAUAUUACAAAGCCAAGAACGAGUUCGCAGCCAAGGCCACCGAGGAGCAGGUGAAGCUGCUGCGGAUCCAGCACCGGAUGCAGAAGGAGGAGGACAAGCCGUACCUGGACUACUCCCUCCACGACACCGUCUACAACCUCAUCCUGGAGAAGAACCACAAGCGGGCCGAGCAGCUCUACCGCGACUUCAAGAUCCCCGACAAACGGUUCUGGUGGCUGAAGAUCAGUGCCCUGGCUGAGCGGGAAGACUGGGACGAGCUGGAGAAGUUCUCCAAGUCCAAGAAGUCGCCCAUCGGAUACAUGCCCUUCGUCGAGAUCUGCAUGAAGCAUCACAACCGCUACGAGGCCAAGAAGUACACCCUCCGUGUGACCCCGGAGCAGAGGGUGAAAGCCUUGAUCUCAGUGGGGGACCUGGGCCAGGCGGCCGACACCGCCAUCGAGCACAAGAACGAGACCGAGAUGAACCUUGUCCUCUCCAAGUGCACCGCCCCCGCCGACUCCUCCGUCGCCAACAAGAUCAACUGCGCCAAAGCUCAGAUGCUGAAGAAGUAGCUCGUGCCGUCCCGCUCCGUGGCUCCUGGACCCACCCGCUCCUGGCCCCUGUUAGAUUGGGUGGGGGGGGGUCCCCCGUGGGACACUUUUGCCUGUGGGGUGGAAGCCUACAGGUGACCUGUUCUGAUGACCGCUUUUGCUCAGGAACGGACCCUGGCCUCUUUGUCUUUUUUUUGGCCGGGGGCUGCAGGGGUGCCCAAACAACGGAGGUCCCUUUGGCUUCGAUUGGACCCUCCAGCCGCCUUCCCAAACCCUGUUGAUUUGGUGUUUGUGCAUUUGUGUUGCUAAUUGGAGAAGAGCGUUUUCCAGCACCUUGUUCGCGGCCCUCCACAGGCAAGGCCCCCAGAAGGUCCCGUCCAACUCAUUCCACUCCCCCAGGCCUUCCUCCCAUCCCAGAUGGGGGGCAGCUAGCGCCCCCCAUUUUUCUGGAGAAGGCCGCCCCGCCCCCUCCCUGCUCAUUUCCUCUUCAGCCGGGUCUCCUCCCCGUCCCCAAACCCAAAAAGCUGAACCGCCCAACCCCAGGCUGGUGGAGUGACCGCGUCACACCGCCAAGACAGGAGAGGAUUCUGCAUGAUAUUGUGGCAUUCGGCGGGGCUGGGCGAUUGGGCAGGCAGAAGCCUUGCUCAGCAAAUCGGGAAGGCCGUGGAUUGAAACGAGGGGGGGGGGGGGGGCGCUUCAUGAUCCAGGCUGCACCUGCUGGUUUUGGUUGUGUUUUUAUAAUUUGAUGUUUACGGGGGUGUACUUGGCAAUUGCACAAGGAAAUAAAAGAGAAGCACCUUGAGACUUUGCUGGCAAACAGA